AUGGCCGAAGACAAGACUUUCCGCUACGGGUUCAUCAUUUUGGGCUUGUUCCUGUUGGCGGUAGGCAUGUUCAUCAUGACAGUGGACCGGCCGCAGGUGUACGUCACCUUCUGCGUCAUUGGUGGGAUCAUGCUGAUCGCAGGGGUUAUCUGGAGCAUGUGCCAAUGCUAUCCCAAGAUCGCCUUCGUCCCGGCUGACACAGAUUUUGAGAACUUCCUGUCCCCGAAGGCUCCGGGCACCGCCAAUCAUGGCAUUCCUGAAAAGAAGGGUUCCCAACCUCCUUACUCUAGAUUGGAAGAAGAGGAGGCCUCCACGCAGAGCCCAGCUGACUAUCACCACAUCCAGAUGAAGGUCUUUGGUCCUGGGGAGGACCAGGGUGUCCUGUCAGCCCUGAGCCUGCCCCAGUCCAAGCUCCAAGAUGAAGAAGGAAGGGGCCCCUGCUUGGAGACUUUCAUGGAGACAACUGUCGUCGUCCACCGGAGCCUGGAUGUUGUGGAGACUGAGAGCCACCAAUGUCCGCCCGAGGCCAGCCAGAUGACCACUCCCCAGAUCGCUGCUGCCCCCCUGGCCUCCUUUAAAGACGAGCUGGACUCCAGUGGCAGCAGCAGCAGCAGCAGCAGAAACUCACCCCCCCCAGAGGGUGAAGAGCCUUGGCCCAGGAAAGCAGACUCUCAGCCCGAUCACUACCCAGACUUUGCUCUGAUUGAUGCUACUGGAGGCGAUGAAGACUCCCCAGUUCCCAGACCUAUCCCUAGCUCCAAGCCCAGCCAGGGCACUUCUCCAGACUUCUGGCCUGGGCCCAUGCCGGGGCCAGCUGCCCUUAUGGACACAGCUUCUGAAGGAGGCCUUCCUGACCCAGUGGAGGAGUCUGAAAUGGCCCCAGGGGAGCCCGAGGAAGAAGAGAACUUGUACUAUGGACUGAAGGAAGGGCCAGGGGGGACCCUCAAAGAUGAGGAGCUGUCUGAUUUUGAGCCAGACUCCUGA